AUGCUCAUUUUCAGGUGUGUGUGAUUCAUUUUCGUUGCAGUUGAGAGCCCAGCUGACUUUUCAGUGGAAACACGGUGAAAUGGACGGCGCCCGAGGGACAGAACAUCGUUAAAGUGAUUAACAAGUCUCCGAGCCGCUUUGCCAUCAAGAUCAAGAGCUCCGACGUCGAGACUUAUACGUAUGUCUUUUUUCCGAUUCCUCUCCACGAAACUGAUUCUCAGGACCUGUCCCGUCUACGAUAUCAUCGAAGCCGACCACACUCUUAACCUGGUAGUUGUUCGCAAAAAAGCGCCCAUGAAGGACGACAAAAUCUCCAUCAGUUAUUUGGAAGUUGGUCUAUAUAAAAACACGUUUAAUCCAGUUGAAAUGUUUUAUUUUCCAUUCCAAUAACGUUGCUAAUGACGUUUUCUGAUAAAGACCUUGGAACAGAUUACGAGAAAAAUUACAGAUUUUUCUACAGCAGUUUUUGUCCCCGGUAAAUGGACUAUGAAGGGUUUUGUUUUCGUUAUCAUAAAGAUGGUUGAUGAAUUUAUUUCUCAUUAAAAUUUCCGAUAUUAAAACAUAUAUGAAAAUUUGAAAAAGCCUUGAGGAGGUAAUUAUUGUCAUGUUUUCGUGUUUUUUUGGCAAAAGAUGCGCAGGGGGUAUAAUUAUUUGAAUAAAGGAUAAUAUGCAUUAGACCUAAUGAAUGACUUUGAAAAGCUUGUGGAAAGCUCAAAGAUUUAACUUCAUAUGCAAAUGGAAACACAUUUACUGAAACCUUCAGUGCGAAGCUGACGAUACGGACGCCGCCGCGGUCUUCAAAAAACCGAACUUGACUCCAAACGUCUACAUUGUGACCAUGAAAUGCAUCACAACGUCUACCGAACGCUGA